AUGGGGCUGAAGCCCCCCGCCCCGGCGGCCCUUGGGGUGCUGCUGGCCCUGCUGGCCCUGCUGGCCCUGGCCCACCUGCCCCCGCCGCCAGAGCGGUCCCCACCAGCAUCGUCCCCUUUGGGCCGCUGGCAGGAGGCGCCCUACAGCUACACCGACGGCUCCCCGCGGCCCGUCGUCUGGUGGGAGCCUGACCUGCAGCACCUGCAGGAUGCCAACAACGACCAGAACUCCUGCGCCCUGGGGUGGGUGCAGUACCAGGAGAUGCUGCAGUCCCGCGGGCCCAGGCCAGCGGCCGGGGACGCUCCCUGCUCCAGCAUCCUGCCCGGCGAGUGGAGCCGGCUGGCCCUCUUUGACUUUCUCCUCCAGGUUCAUGACCGCCUGGACCGCUACUGCUGUGGGUUUCAGCCUGAUCCCUCUGAGCCCUGCGUGGAGGAGAUGCUCCACGAGAAGUGCCGAAACCCAGCGGAGCUGGUCUUGGUCCACAUCCUGGUGAGGAAGAGCAUGCCGUCCCACCUGGUCUUCAUCGACAACGCAGGCAGGCCACAACACCCUGAGGGGAAGCUCAACUUCAGGCUCCUGCAAGGCAUAGACAGCUUCCCGGAGGCAGCAGUGGCCACGCUGCGGUCAGGCAGGUUGCAGAGCCUUCUGCUGGAGUCCCUGCGCCUGGAUCAGGAGCUGUGGGAGAGCCAGGGUGGUGCUGAGGGCCUGAGGCCCCUUCUUCGGACCAUUGACAGGCGGGCACAAGUCCUGCUGCAGCACAUCCAGGAGCACAACCUGACCGUGUUCAGGGACUCGCUGAGCUGA